AUGCUCUACCUCGUGGGACUCGGUCUCGCCGAUGAGACCGACAUCACUGUGAAAGGCCUCGAGGUGGUGAAGCGCGCCGAGAGAGUCUAUCUCGAAGCGUACACCAGCAUUCUACAUGUCGGCAGAGAGAGACUGGAGUCAUUCUAUGGACGACCCGUGAUCGUAGCGGACCGUGAAAUGGUCGAGUCCGCCAGCGACGAGAUCCUGGACGGCGCCGACAAAGAUGACAUUGCAUUCCUGGUCGUCGGUGACCCUUUUGGUGCGACCACUCACACAGAUCUCGUCCUCCGCGCCCAAGAACUGUCGAUACCCACCAAAUCCAUCCCCAACGCCUCUAUCCUCAACGCCAUUGGUGCCACAGGCCUGCAACUGUACAACUUUGGGCAAACCGUGUCGAUGGUCUUCUUCACCGACACCUGGAAACCAGCCAGUUUCUAUGACCGGAUCCGCGAGAACAGCUCGAUUGGCCUACACACACUAUUACUCCUCGACAUCAAGGUCAAAGAACAAUCACUCGAGAACAUGGCGCGAGGAAGGAAGAUCUACGAGCCGCCUCGAUACAUGACGGUCUCGCAAUGCGCGCAGCAAAUGCUGGAGAUUGAACAAGAGAAGCAAGAGAACGUAUACUCGGAAAACAGCCUGGCCAUUGGAUGCGCCAGAGUCGGAGCAGAUGAUCAAAAAUUUGCCUGUGGAACUCUAAAGGAGCUAUGUGACGUUGACCUAGGCCCUCCACUGCAUAGCCUCGUGCUGCUUGGUAAGAGAGCGCACGAGCUGGAGAAGGAUUACAUCAAGAAGUUUGCCGUGAAUGAGGACACGUUUGAGGAGAGCUGGGACAAAUACCACGAGAGGAGUCGGUAA